AUGAUCCAUGUCUACGUCUAUUAUGGAUAUCUUCAUCUCCUUGUUAUAUGUUCCAUUCUACGAGUAUGCAGUUGUCUGACGCAGAGCUUAUCUCCACCAGCUCGUGUUUUUGGCGGCGACAUCAAUCCAAUUGUCGGUGGUGUCCAAGUGCUUCCACCUUGCAGUCCCUUUCGUGCUACCCAAGCCAAUGAGCUCAGUGUGGUGUCUAUGAAUGUGUUGGCACCCAGUUAUCACUAUUUGAGCAUUGCCAACGAAGAAGAACGAUUGGCAGCCAUUAUCCAAGAUCGACACAAUCGUCUCCCAUUGGCAUUUGCCCAAGCCAAAAAUACCAAUGCGGAUGUACUAUGUCUCCAAGAAGUAGAAGGAGAGACACAACAAGAAUACCUGCGUUCUUUAUUGCUGCCAGAGUAUGACUGUCAUGUCUGGAGUCCCUUGAAUAAGAGUAAAAAGUAUGCCGACAUUGUGGGUCUCUGUGUGGCUUGGAAAUCUCAAAAACACAAACUCGUACACAGCGAAAACUACAAUCGGGGUAUGAUUGUGCAAUUGCAAGAAAUCGAAACCAGCCGCACCAUUUCAAUCGCCAAUCUCCACUUGCACGCACGAGCAUCCGCCAUUGAACGAAGACUCAAAACCAUGGCCACUACCAUACACAAAUUGCAGCAAUUGUCAUCUAACGACAUGAUGAUGAUGAUGUUGAUUGCCGGAGACUUCAAUUGCGACCACCACUCCAUUACACACAAGUUACUCACCACGGGAAGAGUGUCUCACGGGACACUCCGAGAUCGAAACUACAAGACCAGACUCUCCAAAGAUGCGGCCAAAACCAUGAAACAUUCCCUCCAAUUUCAAAGUGUCUACGAUCACAACGACAAUAAACUACUGAGACAACUGGCAGCUCCCAUUACCGUUUCCUUGACUGGACGAAAACCGGCUUGUAUGGAUCAUUUGCUCUUUUCUACUGCUACCGAACCAAUAAUGGCACAACAACAUUCAUCCUCCAUACUUCUACCGGACAAACGAAAGGCCAAACGUCUGGCCAGACGACAAAAGGGCAAGGCCAAAGAAACAUUGCGACUGGUCCAACAACAAGAAGAAGAGCAGCGGUCACAAGAGAAUGACGACGCUCCAGAUCACAAUAAUCCAAACCAAAUCCGAGUGGAAUCGGUACUCGCCACAGUGAAUGUGGCCAAUGAAAAAGUCGUGCAAACGAUACUGGACGGUCUACCCAAUGUCGAACAGGGAUUCCCUUCGGAUCAUUUGCCCAUUGGAGCUCUGUUUACUACUGUUCCACGACAACAAUCAACAACAACGCCAAGUGACACGGAGCAACAAAACGGGAUGGAGAUAGCGAAGGAAAACAGGAACCUUUUGCUGCAGCAGCCGGGAGUCAAGCCUGCUGUCCUCGGCCCACCACCAAUCAUCCCGCAACAACAGGAUCAUCAUCGUCGCCAUGGUGGUGGUGGUCUGUCUGCCAAUGCCAGACGGCGUCGACAAGCCCAUGCCAUUUCGGUCCAAGUGCGACAUCGACACAAUGUCAUUCUGGGACAAGUGGCGGAAUGGCUGUCGUCUACACUCCAAGCCACGCAACUGAUACGAGACAAACCACUGUACGAAUGGAAGUGGCUCGUCCAUCAUAGUGCCAAUACCAAAAGUCAAAUCAAGAACAAACUACGAGCGCCCGAUCUUUGUUGUAUCUUGGGCAACGCGACGUUGGUCAUUGUCGAAGUGACGGUCGGCAAGGCCAACAAGAUGGGACAGUUGCGGAGGCAAAAACAAGCCAAAUAUCAAGAUUUGGCCGCCAUUUUGAGACAAGCAAUAAUAAUUCACGACGAACAACAACAACAACAAGCCGAUUUGCAGGUGGCGGACCGCGCCUUGGUGGUCAUAUUGGAUGACGACGGUAAUGUACCGGAGGAAACCAUGGAGGAUUUGCAGUUGUUGGUGCAACUCUCCAAGAAGAGAAACACGGAUGGCGUCAAUGAUGGCACAGAGGAUAGUAAUGCAGACAUGGACGACGAGGCAGUGAAGUUCGCCAAACAUCUUCAACAAGUCUUUUCGGAGCGAGAUCUUCGAAUUGUCCAGUGA